AUUAUUCAAUAGAUCAUAGAGAAUCAAUUCUCACUUCAAUUAAAUUUUGAUUGUACACGAUGAUUGUGGGAGAGACUGCUCCAAAUCACUGCCUGCGCAAGUUGUUGCCGUAAUAAUUUUGCUGAGUCUCCCUCCGAUAUCAUGUUUCAUUCUCACCAUCUCAGAGCUCUUGUGUACCUCAACCAUCUCUCUUCAACUCCAAAAUGUUGCUACCUUCUCCACUCUGUCAAUCCCUUCUCCGCCGCCACCACCACCACCACCAUCACUUCAGAUUCAGACCAAAAAUCUUUCACACUUUCCUACCUCACCAACAACUGUGGCUUAUCUCCACAAGACGCUCUCAAAGCAUCAAAACGACUUCGUUUCAGUUUCUCCACCCCUGAAAAACCCAAUUCCGUUAUCGCCUUCUUCAAAACUCACGGUUUCUCCAAUCACCACAUACAAUCCAUCAUUCUCAAGAACCCCGAGCUCAUCCUUUCCAACCCCAUCAAAACCAUUCUCCCAAAGUUUCAAUUUUUAGCUUCCAAAGGCGCUUCUCCUUCCGACAUAGUCGCCGCCGUCACCAGAAGCUCUCGUUUCCUCCGUGUGAGCCUUGAGAAACACAUUAUCCCCGCUUUUGAAAUGGUACGAGGUUUCUGUCCUUCUGAUCAAAAAGCUAUUAGUUCAAUUAUCAUAUGUCCUGCUUCCAUUAGUGAUAUUCGCAUGAAACCUAAUGUUCAAUUUUUGCUUGAUAUUGGGGUCAAUUCCUCGAGUAUUUACCAUUUGCUUAGUACUAGACCUUCUGUGAUUUGUUCUACUGAUUUGAGGGAGGUUGUGGAGGAGAUUAAGGGAUUAGGGUUUCAACCUUCUAAAUACAAUUUUUGUGUGGCAUUAUUAGCCAAAAGGGGUAUUACCAAAUCCCAGUGGGAUGCUAAAGUUGAUGUCUUGAUGAAAUGGGGCUGGUCCCAAGAUGAAAUUUUACUUGCAUUUAAAAGGAACCCUAAGAUUAUGCUACGUUCUAAGGAUAAACUCGACGCGGUCAUGAGUUUUUGGAUCAAACAGCUUGGUUGGGAUCCUUCCCUGCUCUUGGCAGCGCCGGAUCUAUUCGGAUUUAGUCUAGAGAAAAGGCUUAUUCCAAGGGCUUCUGUUGUCAGGUAUCUGUUAUCCAAAGGUUUGAUGAAGAAGAGUGCUAGCUUGUAUACACCGUUUAAUUUGUCGGAUGAGUUGUUCAUGAAAAAGUAUGUGAAUUGUUAUGAAGAAGAAGCAUCUAGGCUAUUAAGGCUAUAUCAGGGGAAGGAUGCUAGCAUAUAGUGCUUGGGUAAGUUGUGAAAAAUUCAUAUUUUGGUGUUGCCGUAUACACCAGCCAUAUUAUGUGUAUUCAUCUUGUUCUACUUGAGUGGUGUUGUAGUAAGUUGUAACCUUUUAAGCUUUUGGUACAUGACAGUUUUGACUUAUUUCCCUAGUUUUGUGUUAUUUUAACCUAAUAAGUAUAUGACACAAGAGAGUAAAUGGUUUUGUGGUUGGAAAAUAGGAUUGUUUUAUUCCAUACUACAAUUUAUGUCUUACGUGAUGGAUUGUUAUAUGUCCACUUCAGUUUCUUUAAUAUACCAUGUAACAGAAUUCAUCUUUCUGGUUCAAUGAUUCAGGAUCAAUACAGUUCAGUUUUCCUUUGCA